GUAGUGUGGGGUUGGGGUUUUGUUGCCGUUAGUGAUAAGCACGCCUGGCAUUUCAUCAUUCCCUCGCUUUCUCUCUCUCUCUCUCUCACACACACACACACCUCAAUUCUUCACUUUUUUUUUUUCUUUCUUCAACUUCGUAUUUCUUUUCUUUUCCCCCUAAAUAUUCUUCUUUCUCUCUCUAAAAUUCUUCUUCUUCUUCUUUCUUCAGUCCCCACUUUCCUUCUCUCACUUUCCGCCACCUUCCUUUUCCUCUGCUCCUAAAACCCUUCGAUUUUGUGCCUCUGAUUGGAUCUGCAGCUUCCUAUUCAUUCCGAUUCAUUGGCUUUUUUUUUUUGAAAUUUCGCGAUUCCGAUUUUCUCAGCUCGAGGUCGUGCUUCUAUUUAUUUUUUGUGUGUUUUGGUUCUCGAUUAUUCUGCUUUAAAUUUUUGCUCCGAUAAAGACAAAAAUCGAUUGCUGCUGUCUCUGCUUCCUCUUCUUCUUUCUCCAGGGUAUUAUUUGCAAUAUUUAAACUAGUUAAUAGAAGAAUAUUAUGGCUGUUUCCAUGAGAGAUUUGGAUCCAGCUUUCCAGGGAGCUGGACAAAAGGCUGGACUUGAAAUAUGGCGUAUUGAGAAUUUUAAUCCAGUUCCUGUCCCAAAGUCGUCUUACGGGAAAUUUUUCACUGGAGACUCCUAUGUAAUCUUAAAGACAACUGCAUCAAAAAGUGGUGCUCUGCGCCAUGACAUCCAUUACUGGCUUGGUAAAGACACCAGUCAGGAUGAAGCCGGUGCUGCGGCCAUCAAGACAGUUGAGCUGGAUGCAGCUCUUGGAGGACGUGCUGUUCAGUAUCGUGAAGUACAAGGCCAUGAAACUGAAAAGUUUCUGUCUUAUUUCAAACCAUGUAUUAUCCCACAAGAAGGUGGAGUUGCUUCUGGUUUCAAACAUCCUGAGGCUGAAAAACAUAAGACACGGUUGUUUGUAUGCAGAGGGAAACAUGUUGUACAUGUCAAAGAGGUUCCAUUUGCUAGAGCUUCACUCAACCAUGAUGAUAUUUUUGUUCUGGAUACUGAAUCAAAAAUUUUCCAAUUUAAUGGUUCCAAUUCAUCUAUUCAAGAAAGGGCCAAAGCUUUGGAAGUUGUACAGUAUAUUAAGGAUACCUACCAUGAAGGGAAAUGUGAGGUAGCUGCUGUUGAGGAUGGAAAGUUGAUGGCUGAUCCUGAAACUGGGGAAUUCUGGGGUUUCUUUGGGGGAUUUGCUCCUCUUCCACGAAAAACAGCCAGUGAUGAUGAUAAGCCUACUGAUUCUCGCCCUCCAAAGCUGCUUUGCUUUGAAAAGGGUCAGGCAGAACCUGUUGAGACUGAUUCUUUGAAAAGGGAAUUACUAGACACAAAUAAAUGCUAUAUUCUUGAUUGUGGGUUUGAAGUGUUUGUCUGGAUGGGAAGAAAUACCUCUCUUGAUGAAAGAAAAAUUGCAAGUGGAGUUGCAGAUGAGUUAGUCAGCGGCACUGAUCAACUGAAACCCCAAAUAAUUCGUGUGAUAGAAGGAUUUGAAACAGUGAUGUUCAGGUCCAAAUUUGAUUCUUGGCCUCAGAUAACUGAUGUAACAGUAUCUGAAGAUGGUCGUGGCAAGGUAGCAGCACUUCUAAAACGUCAAGGAGUAAAUGUAAAGGGGUUGUUGAAAGCUGAUCCAGUGAGGGAAGAACCCCAACCCCACAUCGAUUGCACAGGACAUUUGCAGGUUUGGCGCGUGAAUGGUCAGGAGAAGAUUCUUCUUCAAGCUUCUGAUCAGUCAAAAUUUUAUAGUGGAGAUUGCUUCAUCUUUCAGUAUACAUAUCCUGGAGAGGAUAAAGAAGAUUGUCUUAUAGGAACAUGGAUUGGCAAGAAUAGUGUUGAGGAAGAACGAGCUUCAGCUAAUUCAUUGGCAAGCAAAAUGGUUGAGUCAAUGAAGUUUCUUGCUUCCCAGGCUCGUAUAUAUGAAGGCAACGAACCAAUUCAAUUUCAUUCUAUCCUUCAAAGUUUCAUUGUUUUUAAGGGUGGGCUUAGUGAAGGAUAUAAGACUUACAUUGCACAAAAGGAAAUUCCUGAUGAUACAUACAAUGAGAAUGGUGUUGCAUUAUUCCGCAUCCAGGGCUCUGGACCAGACAAUAUGCAAGCCAUACAAGUUGAACCCGUUGCAUCUUCCUUGAAUUCCUCUUAUUGUUACAUACUUCAUAAUGGGCCUGCUGUCUUUACUUGGUCUGGAAACUCUACAAGUGCAGAAAACCAGGAACUUGUUGAGAGGAUGCUGGAUUUGAUAAAGCCAAAUUUACAAUCCAAACCACAAAGGGAAGGUUCUGAAUCUGAACAGUUUUGGGAUUUUUUAGGAGGAAAAUCAGAAUAUCCCAGUCAAAAGAUUCUUAGAGAGCCUGAAAGUGAUCCUCACCUAUUCUCUUGUCAUUUCUCGAAAGGAAAUUUAAAGGUGACAGAGGUAUACAACUUCUCCCAGGAUGAUUUGAUGACAGAAGAUAUUUUCAUCUUGGAUUGUCACUCGGAAAUCUUUGUCUGGGUUGGCCAGCAGGUUGACUCCAAGAGUAGAAUGCAGGCUCUAACAAUUGGUGAGAAAUUUCUUGAGCAUGAUUUUCUUCUAGAAAAGUUAUCUCAUGUAGCUCCAGUAUAUGUUGUCAUGGAAGGGAGUGAGCCACCUUUCUUCACACGCUUCUUUAAAUGGGAUUCUGCAAAAUCUUCAAUGCUGGGAAACUCAUUUCAAAGGAAGCUGACAAUUGUGAAAAGUGGGGGUGCUCCAGUUUUGGAUAAACCCAAACGGAGAACACCAGUAUCUUAUGGGGGAAGGUCGAGUAGUGUGCCAGAUAAAUCCUCCCAGCGUUCCUCCCGCAGCAUGUCUGUCAGUCCUGAUCGUGUUCGAGUGAGGGGCCGGUCUCCAGCCUUUAAUGCCCUAGCAGCUAAUUUUGAGAACCCUAAUGCUAGGAACCUUUCAACCCCGCCUCCAGUAAUUAGAAAGCUGUAUCCAAAAUCUGUGACACCAGAUUCUGCAAUACUGGCGCCAAAAUCUGCAGCCAUAGCUGCACUUAGUUCUUCUUUUGAACAGCCACCUUCAGCACGAGAAACUAUGAUACCAAAGUCAAUUAAAGUGAGUCCAGUAAUGCCCAAAUCAAACCCUGAGAAAAAUGACAAGGAGAAUUCUGUGAGCACCAGAGUGGAAUCUCUUACCAUACAGGAAGAUGUGAAAGAGGAUGAAAUUGAAGAUGAGGAAGGUCUUGUGAUUCACCCAUAUGAACGCCUUAAAAUAACAUCCACAGAUCCUGUACCAAAUAUUGAUGUGACUAAGCGAGAGACUUAUCUAUCAUCUGCGGAGUUCAAAGAGAAAUUUGCGAUGUCCAAGGAUGCCUUUUACAAGUUGCCCAAAUGGAAACAAAACAAACUCAAAAUGGCUGUUCAGUUAUUCUGAUUCUUGAAAGUUUUCUUAGCCUUCUGUCAGCUCCCUGCAGUUUAGGUUGCAGUGAGGAACUAAACAUGUGGAAGUAAAAGGGACAGCAUCAGUGUUUUUUUUAGCAUAGCUGCAUCUGCUCCCAAGAAACUUUUCCUGAAGAGAAACUAGAGAUUUUCCACCUCUACCCGUCUCUUUACAAUGGUUUGAAUGUUUAGGGUUAUUUCUUUGAUGAGUUAACUGCGUGGCAUUAAUUUUAUUUAUAGGGCAGAGUUUGUUUGUGAGCUUGCUUUUAAUUUUUUAUUUUUAUAUUUUGGGGACUCAUGUUAGUCUUCAUUUUAUUUUUUUAAUUUAAAAUUGUUUUGGUAAAGCAAUUUGGGUUGCAAAUGCGGUCUACUUAGGUUGUAUUGAUAUUGAGGAUAAAGUGUGUACAGUGAGUGUAACAAUCAGUCAACUCGUAAUUUGUUUUGGAAAUAAGUGUGAUUCUAUGUUGUCAAUUGCACUUUCGAGCUAAGUUUCCCCUAGAUGAAUAAUAUUGAUAUGUAUCAAGUUAGUAACAUCGACGAGGUAUUUUUUUUUAUCAUUAUUUGGUUUAA